AUUAGAGAGGGUUAGAAGUAUUGUACCCCUUCAGAAAAAUUAUCAUUACCUCUGAUCUAAAUACAAGAGGGAUAGGUUCAUUGUCAGAUUAAAUGAUUGUUUUUCAGCUUUACUGUUUGUAAUGAGAGAAGCACGUUUCACAUUGUGAUCCUUUUUGCAGCAAUAUAGGCACAGGUCUUGUUCCUAUAUUUCAGUCAUUUUACAAGUUCUUGUAACUUCCAGAAGUGAUGCACCAGUUUUGUUCGAUUCAAUCUUUCCAUUGGAUUAAAUUUUCCUUUGGGGCGACAUUGCAGACUCAGCUGUUGUUUUCUCACUCUACCUCCUAUUUCACGCUAAACUAACCCUCCCAUAUUUAGCGGUACAAGUAUAAAGACCAAUUUCCCUUACUUUCAAUUUUUUUAAAAUCUUCUGCCCCAGAACCGCAUCAGUGCACAGUCAUUUGACUGUAUUUAAAAUAGGGAAGUUCCUCUUUCACUCCAAAGUUACUGUUUUUCUCACACUGAGCCCAAGAGGUCCAGCAAGCAUUUCUUUACAACCUCCUUUCCAGCCAACUCAUGAAGUUUGUUCGAUCUUCGCUGCCCUGUCUUACCUUCAUUAAGGUCAAAUAGCACAAGAUUGUCCAUUUUAGCAACCUGCAUCACUCCACCAUGGCCUGGGAGCUACACCUGUUGCUUUUUACAACACUUGCCUGCAUCAGCUGCAAAGCAUCCGGCACUGCAGAGACUAUGUGCGUGGAGAUUAUUGUAAAUAAAAGUUAUAGCUGUGAUGGUUUAGGACUGAGGGAAAUUCCUGAAAAACUACCUGUUACAACUGAAAUCAUUGACUUCAGCUUCAACAUGCUCCCUGCCCUCCAGAAUUCAACAUUCUCUAAGCUGAAGUCUCUCCUCUACCUGGAUUUAACAAGGUGUCAAAUCAACUGGGUGUACGAUGGCGCCUUUCACAACAAUAAGAAGCUGAAAACAAUUGUGCUGACUGGGAACUUGCUGAUGUUUCUGUCUGACACAGCAUUUGCUGGCCCUCAGUCCCUGAGUCAACUUGUCUUAACACAGACAGGAAUAACCAGUAUAUCUUUUAUUCCAAUGACAAAUCUGGACAGUCUGGAUACCUUCCUCCUGGGCAGCAAUCACAUCUCUUCAUUGCAGCUCCCUCCCAAUUUUCCAACUCAAAACCUCAAAUACCUUGACUUUCAAAUGAACAACAUAAAAGCAAUCACAACAGAAGAUGUCCAAGUUCUGCAGAAAACCAACAAUAUAACUCUCAUCUUUAAAGGCAAUGAUGUUUUACACGUUGAACCUGGAGCUUUCCAGUCCCAUUUCUAUAGUUUGGACUUUGGGGGCUGCACUGACAUCCCUGGGGUCCUGGCAGGGAUACAGAAUUCCACAGUUGAGACCCUUUGGUUGGGAACAUUUCACAUGAUGGAAAAGGAGAGCUACAUAAGCCCAGAUGUUUUACAAGGCCUCUGUGAUAUCUCUGUCAAAGAUCUCUAUUUGCAACUACGGCACUUCAGAAACCUAAAUGCCACCACAUUUCAGUGCUUGACCAAGCUCCGAAAGCUGGACCUAACUCAAACCCACAUCAGCGUGUUGCCCCCCAGCAUCAGUGGUAUGAGCUUGCUUACAGAGUUAGUUGUCAAUGUGAAUUCCUUCAAACACCUCUGCAAUAUCAGCUCUGCUGCCUUCCCCUCCCUCACCCACCUCAACAUCAAGGGGAACUUGCCGGUCCUGCAGCUGGGCUCUGGCUGUUUGGAGAAACUGGCAAAGCUUCGACACCUUGAUUUGAGUAUGAGUCAUGUUGAAAGCUUUGACUGCUGCGACAAAGCACUGAGAGGUUUGAGCAGUCUUCAGUAUCUGAAUCUCAGCCACAACACAAAGCUCCACCUCCAAGAUAUGCUCAUUAAGGAUAGUGCUAAUCUGGAGCUGCUGGACCUAGCUUUCACUCCUCUUCAUAUCAACGCUUCACAGGGUCCUUUCCGAAAUUUACAUCUCUUGCAAGUGCUGAAUCUCUCCUCCUCCCACAUUAAUACUAGCUUUCAGCAUCUCUUUCAAGGCCUGGAAAACCUCAGGCUCCUGGACCUUAGUCAAAAUAACUUUGAGUCAGGGAUCAUGCCAGAGGACAAACUGUUCCAACAGCUAUCCAAUUUAGAGAUGCUAAUUUUAUCAUCCUGUGGACUGACAGCAAUAGGUCACCAAGCAUUUCACAGCCUCAAGAAGUUACGGCAUGUUGAUCUGAGCCACAACAAACUUAGUGCAUUCAGCACAGAUGCAUUUUCAAGCCUCAAGAGCAUCUAUCUCAAUUUUGCCCACAACAGGAUUCAUAUUAUACCAGAUGAUAAGUUAGCAUCUCUAGCUGGCCACUACGUAAUCAAUUUAAGUUACAACCCUCUGGAAUGCACAUGCCUCAAUAUUGGUUUAAUCACCUGGUACAAGAAGAAUCUGGAUAAAAUUGAAGAUCCUGAAGGGACAAGAUGUUCUGAACCCAAAUCGCUAGCUGGGUCUCAACUGGCCACCAUCUCGCUCUCAUGUGAGAUCAGCACUGCAGGAGUCAUCGCCAUUGUCCUGGCUAUUUUAUCUUGCGGUGUCUUUUUCUGUUGGGGGGCUCGCUAUUUUAAACGAAAUUACCAACAACUAUAAGUUUACAAUCAAAAUAUAGAAAAGAUGCAUAGCAAUUAUAUUAAGAUGAAAGACAAUUUACUGUUUUCCUUUGUGACUUGAAUUUUCUUAACUUUUUUAAUACCCUUUCUAAUUGUAUUAUAAAUUUUGAAAAAUAACAAAAAAUUUAUUUGAGAACUGGAAAAAUAAAACACAACUUGAGCCUUGAACAUUAAUAACUUCUGUUAUUGAGAAAUCCCACUUCAACUCAAUUCAAUUUUAGCACUGGUGUCCCAGCUACUAAUGCACCUGGAAAGGGAAUAUCCAAGGACCAAAAUGGAAACAUUGCUCUCUCUAAAAAAAGGAAAACCAAACCACCACCACCACCCAGUGCAAAACAAACAAACAAACAAAAACACAAGAAAAAAAAGAACGAAACAAACCCUGACCCUCUAUCAAAUGCAUUAACGUACCCUGCUUUGCUGAAAGAAAAAACUUUCUGUGAAGAACAGACUCAAGAGUGACAGUCACAACAGACCUGCUCCUGCAGGAUUAACAGAAAGAGUCUAAUCUCUCUGAUUUCUUUAGAAUGUUUUUGAUCCUAAGAAAGCUCCAGACCAUUGAACCUCUGCCAGUCCAUCUCUUGCCCCAGGGCAGGCCCUGAUCUGGGACUAUUUACUAGAUUCCAUAUUUAGCAGAUUAGGAAUGAUUUCAAAUUGAACCAUGAAACCUGCAGAUUUGAUGAAAAUUCUGCAGUUUCUUGGCUCUACAUGUGCUUUGAAUGGUGCAGAAAACCAAUGCCAAUGGUUAGGAGUCUUUCCUGGGCCAGCCAGAAGUUGACCUAGCAGGUGCUCCUGCUGCUAAUAGCUACUUCCCAUCACUUCUGGUGUGUACCUUCCUGGAGUGAAAUUGGAGUUGGGCUGUGUUCUUUGCUCCAAAAGGAUACACAAGAGCUAGAGGGGGGAAAAAAAGACAUGCAGAUUUAUUACUUUUACUGAAUGACUAUACCCCUCUUACUGCAAUCGCAAGUAAGUAAAACCAGUGACAAGACAAAGUAUGUGCAUUUGACUAAGGGUCUGAUGGGAGCCUCACGUCUGUCAUGUGUAACCAUAGUGUGAUUUACAGCUCUAGUGCUGACAUUAAACAGGUCAGCCCUGCUACAGACAUGACUUCCUCAAAGUGUAACUGGCUUACUGAGGUGGGAUUCACCUUUCUCAAACAGAAAAGAGGAUCUUUGCUCAGCAGUUUACAGGGCUUAUUGACAGGGCUUUAAUCCAGACUUGAAGGGGUAGGAGAAUAAUAUCAGGCUUACCCAAAACAAGUGGAGGGACAACAUAGCAAGGUUAGAAUGAUACGGUGCUGGUGAGGUAUCUCAGUCUGCCUGUCUGAGAUAUGCUGGGUACACUGGAGCACAGCUGAAAUUGUACAGAGACAAGCCAGGGGCUACUGGAAUCAAGAGGGAAACACCAGUGAA